CCGGCCUCUCCCUCCUCCUUCCCAAUCUUCACACACAAGACAAGGAAAGAGCUCCAGCAGCUAGAGCCGCCCGUUCUUCCUCAGCACUCACACCCGGACACCGCCGCCCUGCUUCCCAACAGCCAGCCGGAGCCAUGAGCUGGGGCACGGAGCUGUGGGAUCAAUUUGAUAAUUUAGAGAAGCACACACAAUGGGGAUUAGACUUCCUGGACAAGUAUGCAAAAUUUGUGAAAGAAAGAUUAGAAAUUGAGCAGAACUAUGCAAAACAACUUCGAAAUUUGGUGAAGAAGUUUUGUACCAAGCGGUCCAACAAAGAUGAAGAACCCAGAUUCACGUCUUGUACAGCAUUCUAUAAUAUCCUCAAUGAGUUGAAUGACUAUGCUGGACAGCGUGAGGUGGUGGCGGAGGAAAUCGGACACAAAGUUUAUGGAGAAAUAAUGAGAUAUUCCUAUGAGCUGAAAGCAGAGAGGAAAUCGCAUCUCCAGGAGGGCCGCAAAGCUCAGCAGUACCUGGACAUGUGCUUAAAACAAAUGGACAGCAGUAAGAAGAAGUUUGAAAGGGAAUGCAGGGAGACUGAGAAGGCGCAGCAAACAUUCGAGCGACUGGAUAACGACGUCAGUGCCACAAAGUCUGAUGUAGAGAAGGCAAAGCAGCAGCUCAACCUGCGUACACACAUGGCAGAUGAGAGCAAAAAUGAAUAUGCAGCACAACUGCAGAACUACAACGCAGAACAACACAAACAUUUCUACAUUGUUAUCCCUCAAGUUUACAAGCACCUUCAGGAAAUGGAUGAGAGAAGAACUGUAAAGCUCAGCGAGUGUUAUAAAGGUUUUGCUGAUGCUGAGCGGAAAGUUAUUCCAAUUAUCUCCAAAUGCUUAGAAGGAAUGGUGCACGCAGCGAAGUCUGUGGACGAGCGCAGAGACUCUCAGAUUGUGGUCGAUUGUUUUAAAUCUGGCUUUGAGCCCCCUGGGGAUUUCCCCUUUGAAGAUUACAGUCAACAUAUUUACAGAACUGUUUCCGAUGGCACCAUAAGUACUCCAAAGCCAGAAGUAGUAAGAAUUGACCCCAAAAUAACCAUGGGCAAGGCCAAGGGCAAGCUGUGGCUGUUUGGAAAGAAACCCAAGUGGUCAUUAAGGAUGGGCCCAGCUUUAGAAGAUUUUAGUCACCUUCCCCCAGAGCAAAGACGUAAGAAACUUCAGCAAAGAAUUGAUGAGCUAAGUCGAGAGCUUCAGAAGGAGACUGAUCAAAAAGAGGCCCUGAAUAAAAUGAAAGAUGUCUAUGAGAAAAAUCCACAGAUGGGAGACCCCAGCAGCUUGCAACCAAAAAUAGCGGAAACUAUGAGUAACAUUGAAAGGCUUCGGAUGGAAAUUCAUAAAAAUGAGGGCUGGCUAUCUGAAGUGGAAGGAAAAGUCCUACAGCGAAGUGAGAGGAGGCACAGCGCUGAAGCCAAUCAUUUAGUGGCACAAGGAAGAGAGAGUCCUGAAGGAAGCUACACAGAAGAUGCCAACCAGGAGGGCAGGAUCCAGCCUCAGACUAAUGUUCACUUGGAGUUUGAUGAUGAAUUUGAUGAUGAUGACCCACUCCCGGCCAUAGGACAUUGCAAGGCCAUCUAUCCAUUCGACGGCAAUAAUGAAGGCACCCUGGCUAUGAAAGAAGGUGAUGUCAUGUACGUCAUUGAGGAAGACAAAGGGGAUGGCUGGACAAGAGCAAGACGGCAGAAUGGAGAGGAAGGCUACGUCCCUACGUCUUACAUAGAUCUUACUCUAGAGAAAAACAGUAAAGGUUCCUGAAGAGGGUGUCUGUGAAUCUGGGCGAGAUGUGGAAGGCGUUUACAUGCAGCAUCUUUUAAGGGGAGGGGAUUAGGCUGGGGACAUGUGUGAGAGCAGCAACACGCAUGAACGCAUGAUACAUACGUUAUUCACUAACUUCCAGACACCCUGACGUUUAUGUUAAUGUGGUGCACUUUCCGCUUUGCAGCGAAAAAUGCAUCAAUCUUCCACAGUGCAUCAUUUCAUCUUUAUUAUUAAGAUUACAUUUAACUGGCAAACAAACUAGUGAAUGUUCUAUGGCUGUGCUUUCCCUGCCACUUACAGAAGACUAAAUGCUUCGUGUUGUGUCUGGUGUACAAGCUCCAUGUCCGAUCACUCCAAACAAUUGCCCUCUUAGGUUUUUAAUGUUGCACCUUCUUCACCCCCAAACAACCAAAAGAUCAAUUGAUGCUUUUACGUGACUGCCAGACAGAAGUCUGAGGUUCUAAGUGCCGAUGUUUACAUUCCCAAAGUGGCUUGUAAUAGUUAUUAUUUAUACAGCUCUUCAGAUAUUCACUAGUGUGUUUUAUUUUCUCUCCACCACUCGGAGACUGGCUGCCUACAGGGUUUUAUCUUGCCAAUGUCUGCUUGUGCCAUCUACAUUCUCAACCCUAACCCCUCUUACUUGCAUGAACCAUGUUUCUCGACUUAACUUCUUUCUACAGCCCGAUUUCCCUCUGACAGUCUGUGCAGUUUGAUCGCCUUCUUAUCAAAACCACUAUAUUUCCUUGACUGCCGAUCACUACAUACCUGCAAGGCAACACCAUUCUAUUGUUUUUAGUUUUGCUGCUAUGACUAUCCAUCUUUCCCAUAACUUAUUACAUUCCAGUUUUUAUUUUGGAACUCAUUAGCUUUGUUUAUGUCUAUAUAACUUGCACGCGCAUCAUACCUGGGCGAGAACUCUCUGGUAUCUGGCUGAAGUUGUGCUCCUGUAUCUAGAAGAUCUGUGCACGGCCGCAAGGACAGAAGGUCUUCCCUUUUCUCUAGACAACGUGACUACUUUCCAUUCAAAUGCUGCCUUAAACUGGAGUGCCUAAGAGGUCGAUUGUCAAUGUAUUGCUCCCAGAUCUGCUAUCUCUAGUUCUUUAAUUGGCUUAACGCAGUGAUUUCCUAUCCUCAGGGAAUAACCACUUAAGACCAUCUUUCGAUAUUAAAUGGACCAAUUUGUUUUUAUAAGCUUUGGUUAAUUCCAGCCAGUUAUUGUGUUUGUGGGUUUCUAUGACUGAUGGUGUCUGAGGAUAGGUCCUGAGAAUAGCAGGUCUAGCAUUCUCAUUCUUAUCUCUUCAGUGUUUUAAGGUCCUACAAGAAUCACAUUGUGAGCCUUUAAGUUCUGAGGAUGUCUACUGUGCCACAGCUGCAGUAGCAGCCAUUGUAGGAGUUUUUUUUAUGGUUGAUUAAUUCUGGGUAGCGUAAACUAGAAUCCAGCUCAUGUAACACAAUCAUUGUAAUUUGUUCAUUGUCUUUAGGACUGUAGUGUAUUUUUGGGGUUAGGAAGUUCCAGUCCAUUUUAUUGAAAUGUUAUGUCUUUUGCCAGGCAAUCCUUUUAUUGUAUAAACUUGAUAACAUGACAGUAAUACUGAAUAAUUAUGUGCACUUUUCUUUUAUAAACAAUUGUAUUGCUGAUCUGUUUUAUAAUGUACAUAUAGGUGUCGGAGACCACUUUAAUCACUUGUCUCUACCCAAACUUGUGAAUUAUUGUGUUAAAAAAAAAAAAAGACACUACCUGGCUUAAUGUUUCAUGGGAUGUAUUAAAAAAUAAUGUAUGAUUUUAUUUUCUUUGUUGAUGCCAGCAAAACCUAUUUUCAGCUUGGGUAGUGAAGCUCCUCUGGCAUUUAAAUAAAUGGCUAAAUUACUAUGAAAACACUAUUGUGUAAAGUUUUUCUUGCACCACAAACAAGGGUACGGUCAUUGCUGGUGUAAGCCUAAUACAGAAGUCAUCACACUGGCAAACUUUUUUUUUUUUUUGUGGGGGGGGGGAUAAGGUUACAAUGUUCUUCAGUAACGUACCCGAGUUCGUGUUGGAAGGAGAACUUAAUCAGCCCAUAGUUUAAUGGUGCGUUUUAAUACCAAAGGAAGAACCAUUUUUCAUCGAUAGAAAAUACUGCCAGUGAAUAGUAGGUGGUGAAUCUAUGGCUUCAUUUGACCGUUUUUCCUAUAGCGAAUUAUUAAUACUUUGGCAGACUGCCAAAUAAGCAAUAAAUACCCUCAUGUGGUUCCCAUGCAGUACAAUGACAGUAAUUCUCACUGUGGGCGGUCAUCUUUACUACUUGCCCAUACAUGAAGUGCUAUUUUCUGUAACUAUUCCAAAACCUGAAAUGAAAAACAAAUGGACGUCUACUCAUUGCGAAUGGUUGGGAAAUUAUUCUUGAAAAAUGUAACUAGAAAUCUACCGUCCUCCAGUUACAUUGUUUUGCUAUUGAUAUUCUUGUAUUUGUGACAAAACAGUCAUUCACUUAAAAGUAAAAACCACUAUCGCCAUAUACACAUGUUAAGGUAUUUAAAACAUUUGCUUAGAUAUGAAUAUUGUAUACAGGGGUUAUUUAAAAAAAAAAAAAAAUGUCUUUUUAAUCAUUGCUGACAAAACUACAAAAGAGUAGUUUUUUUUUUUUUUUAUGUAAAAAUAUUAACUUUGCAGUUGGUGAGGCCUGUAACGAAAAUAUAUAUAUAUACACAUUAUAUACAUCUGCACAGAGUUCAUCUCGAUGGUGGGUCAUUGUACCCCUGAAAGCAUUCAGCAAUGUCUAAUAAACCACAAAUACUCUUUAUACAAAACUGCUUUCAUUUAAUGGUUCUACUCAUUCAUUUGGAAUUUUAUCAAAUAAAACGAUCAUUACGACACUAAGGAAAAAUAUGGUUCCUGCACACAAGGGGGCUUCUUUAAUGGUGAUGUGCUGUGACUUAAUGCAUCCAAUCAGAUAACAAGUUUUAGUACUUUAGUCUGACCAGUGAAAGUAUGUAUCUGGUUGUUAUGGGUUACUGCAGAUGUUUGCACUAUUUAAGUAAGCCCAUAGUUUUCUGAAAAACUGACCGUGAAUUGUCUUAAUAAAGUUUUUCUUGUUUGCCCUGA